CCGUGCCGUUGAAGACUGUAAUUACUAGACUUUUUGCACUAUCAAUUUCACCAUCGAAUGUUGUGCCGGCAGACGAGUGGUUGAUAGGUUGGUUGGGCGUCGUGGGCUCAUCACUCGGCAGGCCAACUGUUGGCUAUUUCCCUAACCCUUAGCUGAGUGAGAGUAGGUAAGGUGAGAAAAAGAAAAUCUGAGAGUGAAGAGCGAAGAAAGUGGAAAAAGUGGACAGAAAAAGAGACCCCUCCGAAGAGCUCCAGCGCCCGUCGAGUCAUCCUUCUCCCCUUCUCCCCUCCUCUUUAUAAAAGUCCCCUUCUCUCAGCUUUUUUUCUCCAAUUCUGUCAAAGGGAUUUAAUCACGCCCCACUACACCUCCGCCUAAACAAACACACACUUUGGGCCAAUUCUACUCCUACCACCGUCAUCAAACCAUUUCCUCCUGCUCUUCCUUAAGCCCAGCUAAACAUGCCUCCAGCAGCAAGCGGGAAUGGCUCACCGAGCAGCAAUGAGAAGAAAGACUUUCAGCCUAUCUCGGGCCGACAUGGCCCCCACCUAAACUCUCGAAAUCCCUACCAGCCGGUCCCGGAUUUCCUCAGCAAUGUCAACUCUUUCAAAAUCAUUGAGAGUACCCUGAGAGAGGGUGAACAAUUUGCCAAUGCUUUCUUUGAUACUGCUAAGAAGAUUGAGAUUGCUAAAGCCUUGGACGAUUUCGGUGUUGAUUACAUCGAGUUGACUAGUCCUGCCGCUUCAGAGCAGUCUAGACUUGACUGCGAAGCUAUCUGCAAGCUUGGGUUGAAGGCUAAGAUCUUGACACAUAUCCGCUGUCAUAUGGACGAUGCCCGGGUUGCUGUUCAAACGGGUGUUGACGGAGUAGACGUCGUCAUCGGAACCUCCUCCUUCCUCCGCGAGCACUCUCACGGCAAGGAUAUGGAUUAUAUCCAUAAGACCGCCAUCGAGGUCAUCGAGUUUGUCAAAUCGCACAAUAUCGAGAUUCGUUUCUCAAGCGAAGACUCUUUUCGUUCCGAGCUUGUCGACCUUCUGAGCAUCUACCGUACUGUCGACCAGAUUGGCGUGAAUCGUGUGGGCAUUGCCGAUACCGUUGGCUGUGCUUCGCCCAGGCAAGUCUACGAUCUCGUUCGCACACUCAGAGGUGUUGUCUCGUGUGAUAUUGAAACUCACUUCCACAAUGACACCGGCUGCGCUGUUGCCAAUGCCUAUUGUGCACUCGAAGCUGGUGCCACCCAUAUUGACACUAGUGUUCUUGGCAUUGGCGAGAGAAACGGAAUCACUCCUUUAGGAGGACUUAUGGCCAGGAUGAUCGUUGCUGAUCGUGAGUAUGUGACCAGCAAAUAUAAGCUUCAUAAGCUUCGUGACCUUGAAAACCUUGUUGCAGAGGCCGUCGAGGUCAACAUUCCGUUCAACAACUACAUCACCGGUUUCUGCGCCUUCACCCAUAAAGCUGGAAUCCAUGCCAAAGCCAUCCUGGCCAACCCAAGCACCUAUGAGAUCAUUAAUCCGGCCGAUUUCGGAAUCACCCGAUACGUCCAUUUCGCAUCAAGGCUGACCGGAUGGAAUGCCAUCAAAAGUCGUGUAGAGCAGUUGGAUUUGGACAUGACGGACGCCCAGUGCAAGGAGUGCACUGCCAAGAUUAAGCAGUUGGCUGAUGUUCGUCCGUUGAAUGUUGACGACGUCGACGGUAUCAUCCGCCAAUACCACUUCAAUAUCAAGACUGGCAAUAACCAGCCUCUCCUCAAGGGUAUCGAUCAUCCUGCUCCGGGAAUCCAAGAAGCAGCAGCGGACACUGGUGAGCCUGCUGCGAAGAAAUUGAGGACCGAGUUGGACCAGGACGCAGCCAAGUGCUGCUAAGCUUCUUUUCGUGGGGAGCAAGCAAAAUGAACUUAGUUUUGAGUCGUUUAUUCUUUUGCAGUGUGGUAAAUGACCCCCUUGUAUAAAAAUUUCUCUAAAAGUUACCAAAAAUAGUGCGAGCUGGGCUGGGUGUUCACCUUACACGGAGAUUUUUUAUCUUUUCCUUCAUUUUUUUCAUCCGUUUCUUAAAGGUCAGGGAAUUCGGGAAUCGGGGUGUUAUCUCUAAAAGUGUUUCUCUCAUAGGUUACUCACGCCAAUGUGAUGCAUCAGAUUUUUCGAUUA